UUACGACAUAUGCCAUAAGUGAAAAAUAUGGAAGACGAAGCCCCUGUUAUUUAUGGACUUGAAUUUCCAGCAAGGGCAUUAUGUGCCCAGGCGGCAGAAGCAGACCAAAUACGGUUUCUAGUUGGCACGCAGUCACUACGACAAGAAAAUCAGGUUCAUCACAUUGACUUUGAUGAUGAGAACAAUAUUAUCAAUAAGAACGUUUUCACCCACAGAGAGGGUGAGAUAUGGCACAUGAGCGCAUCAACACUGGAUAAGAGUCAUCUUGCUACAUGCUACAACAAAACUUCAGAAAGCAGGGCGGAGAUGAAAGCGGCCAUAUGGAAACUGCCUUCUGAUUUUGACGACAUUUCAACAGAAGAUCAGUCUUCCAUGCAGCCUUUACAGCUCGUCUGCCGUCUUGUGGCGAAUGACCUUGGGGAUAUAAAAAGUGUAAUGUGGCAUCCAACUGGAGAUGGUUGCACCAUUGUUGGGCUUGCAGAUUCGCACAUUGUCCUCUGGGAUAUAGACACCAACGGCAGCUCAGCCAAGAUGUCCAGCUCAGCAGGCCUUGAGGCCAAGGGUCAACCAAGGAUGACAUGCUGUAGUUGGGACCCUCAUCACAACUGUGUUCAGAUUGCAACAGCCAACGAUACAUGCAUCCGGGGCUGGGAUAUACGCAACAUGCAACAGACCUAUGUAAUAGACAAUGCCCAUGGGCAGCUGGUACGUGAUCUAGACUUCAAUCCAAAUAAGCAGUACUACUUGUUGAGCUGUGGGGAUGACUGCAAGGUCAAAUUCUGGGAUGUCAGAAAUGUUACUGAGCCAUUGAAAGUUCUGUCAGAUCAUUCCCAUUGGGUGUGGUCAGUUCGUUACAACCGGUUCCACGACCAGCUGAUCCUCUCCUCGAGCAGUGACAGUCGCGUGGUCCUCAACAACAUCGUCUCGCUGUCCUCAGAACCAUACGGGAAUCUCGUGGAACGUGACGAUGAGGAUCAUGAUGAUACUGAGGGAUCAAUUCCCCAGGAAGACGGGGUUAUUGCGACUUACGAAGAACACGAGGACAGUGUUUACACAGUGGACUGGUCCACGGCUGACCCUUGGGUGUUUGCUUCUCUAAGUUAUGAUGGCAGACUGGUUAUCAACAGAGUGCCACGCGCAGAGAAAUACAAGAUAUUGUUAUAGAGGAAACAAGUUUGGUUGGCCUGUGUAAAUCGUGAAAAUGUUUGUAUGUGUAGAGUGCAUUGAUGUUGGUCUGCAUGUUUUAAAGGCUCGUUAAAGGUGACAAAUCCAAUUAUUAUGCAUAUAAACUUGUCUAAUUUUUACCGGAUUUCAGUUACUCUUGCAUAAAAAAUGAUAAUAACGCAGCUUAGGUAAAACGUCAAGAAUUAUGGAAGAUAUACCCGUUUCAUUAUUUGAAGAAAUGUUUACAACUUUGCAAUUUCCGUACAUUUUCGCUAUCUCCAAUGCUCCUUAGUUUCUUUCAUAUAGUACGCAUAUAUUGAUGACGUAGUACAAACUUCUAGCGAGAGUAUACAUUUUCUCUUUGAACUCGACUCCAUUUUUGUUUUGAGUGUCUGGCCUCUUCACUCUUGACAUGCUCACAUGAUACCAAAUGUCUUGUGCCGACUAAUAAAAAUUUGUUAUCAGGAAACCGGCUCAAAAUCGCUCGGCAUGAUUGAGUAAACAGCCAUGUAAAUUAACUGAUUGUUUGUUAAUACAAUAGACUAGGAGGACACUGUAUUUUAAGGUAGCGCACCUCUAAUGGGCACAUAUCCAAAUAUAAUCUAAUUAAUUAUUUUCUUAAUCAGAAUCAUUUCACUGAACUACAUGCAAAUUUGUAGGUAGGCUUUCCAUGCUUUUAAAAAAAAUAUACCGAUUUUUUCAAAACCACCCCCACGCUCGGCUUUUGUCCAGUUUAUUUUCACCCCUGGGGUAUAUAAAAGUUCCAUAAUUCAUUCAAAUUUCCAAAUAUGGGCAUGCAGUUGGUGUGUACAGAUGCUGUAAAGGUGUUUAAAGUUUAAACAAUAUGAAAUAAGUAUUCUUUUACAGACAUUUAUUUUUUACAAAUUUUUAUCUAUGGAAGAGCGCCAUGAAAUGUAAGUGAUUUCAGCCAAGUAAAAAUUGGGUCGGUUAAAAACAAAGUGUCAUACAAUUCAAAAUAGUAUCAUUUAAGUCAUAUAUUAAACUUAGUUUUUAUAGAAACACUAUAUACAGCAAAAAUACCAAGAACUAGACAGAUUUACCGUUUACUUUUUGAAAUAAAAAUAAAAAUGCAACAUGCAUAGUUCGUAUUUUUAACAGUAAAUCACCCAAUUUCGCCAUAACGUUGUUUAAUUUUAAUAAUUGAAGAAUGUGCAUAAAAAUUGCAACAUAUUUAACAAUAAAUAUAGCUUAUAUGCCAUAUUAAAUCAAAUUACGUUAGAAAAUAAAUAAAACGCGUCGCAAAAAAGUAUGCGUCGUCGGCAGGUUUCGAACCUGCGCGGGAAUAUCCCAAAAGAUUUCUAGUCUAUCGCCUUAACCACUAGGCUACGGCACCUAAUAGUAGGCUCUUCAACCUUCGAAGAAAUCGCUGGAAAUCAUUAGAGGUGCGCUACCUUAAGCUCAAAAACAAGUUGUAUUGUUCAUUUUGUAUGGUAAUUUCCUAUAGCAUAUAUAUAUAUAUAUAUAUAUAUAUAUAUAUAUAUAUAUAUUAUUUUUUGAUAACCUUUAUUAAUAAAAUAUGCAACAAAUAUUUAAAAAUCGGUAAUAAUUACGGAUCCGUCACCUUUUAUGGGCCUUUAAUGUUGAAUUUUAGACUUGAGGUAAACAUUGAUCUUGGAGGUUAUAUUGCUUUUAUUUGCAAUAAGUUAAGUUUUGAUUCUGAGAGAAUUGAUUUUGCUAUUGUUUGCUAUAUUGUUGAUUCAUGGAAUAGGGGGGUGUGCAAUACAAACAAAUGUUUAUCUUGCUAUGAGUUGAACCAUUUACUGUCAGAUGAGCAUUGUGAAGUUUGUUUUUGAAUUUCUCAAAAAAGUGCAUCCAUUUAAUUUGAAAUACACCUGUAAAAAAAAUAAAGGUGAUUACAAUUAAUAUGUCUAUUAAGAACUUGUUAUUAAAGCAUAUUCAUUCAUA